UUUCCGACAACAAGCGAGAUCCCAAAACAGGAAGCGGAAGUUGCUGGCAUGACCUUUGACUUCACGCACGCGCCGUGACGCCGGCAACUUCGUUUCUGUGGUAACCGGGCUGAGCGUCCUCCUCGGAGAGCAGUGUCUCGGAGUUGCGGGAGAGAAUCAAAAAUGUCAGUGCUCACUUCUCCAAGAGGAAAAGUAGAAGUGGUUCAUUGCCGAAGAACAGAAUCACAGGAUAUUUAUUGUAUCAAAAACCUCAUUAGGAAAUUUACCCAGAAGCUGUUUGGGAAGCUUAAUAUCAUCUAUCUUCUUUUUAAUCAUUUCCACAGGGAAAAGGCAAACCUUGCUGUUACCCUCUGCAAUGACAAAGAGGAGAUCAUGGCCCAGGCUACCUUUGUGGACUAUCCCAACUGGAAUGUCUCCAAUCAGGACAACUGGUUAUCCGUGUUCCAGGAACUUGACAGUGAAAUCCCGUGCACACCUCUGAACACAUUGUUCAUGCACCUCUUUGUGGCCGUGGAUGAGUAUUCUGUUGGCUGCUGCAGAGAGAUUAUUCGGACCGUGUAUAAGGCAGUGCCAGAACUGUACUUCAUAUUUCUCAUAGUGCCAUCCUACAUGAGCUUAGGCUCAACUCUCAUAACUGUGUUUGAGCAAGUGGGAAACAUUCCAAGUCUGAUGUAUGAUGAGGACUUUGCUGUGCAUAUAUGUCACAGGCAUCGCCAUUACCCUCAGCUGCACAUCCGCAAUGCCAGGGUCGAAGAUCAUGAUGAUCUCAUGCCAAUAUUUAUGCGUCAUGACACACUUCUGAAGGAAACUUAUGGCGAGUACUUCCUGGCUGAACUAAUAGAGGCCCAAGACAAAGAGAAUCAUGCUGUUGUAUGUGAGGUGGAAGGUGUAGCUGUCGGGUUCAUGAGUGUGUGCUCAAGAGUGAACAUGCAGCUCCUGCAUGAGUGUUUUGACUUGGGGCCCUUCCAUGGACUCUGCAUCCCACACCCUGAUGAUGUUCUGCAACCACCAGAAGAGCAAGGCAUUGAAGGAAGUCAAGAUGCUGAGCUCAGUAGUAGCAACCCCAGUUCCCUGAAAACAGUUGAGGAGCCACAGGAACCUCUCUCUCCAGAGGCCAUGGAAAUCAUUCAGGGGAGAAUUACAGAUGAAGCCCCAGUUGACGAUCUUUUCUCAGCAGUCCAAAGCGGAAACAGUAGUGAAAUGGAGGACAUAGAAAAAUUCAGCCAGCAGUCCACUGUGGGCGACACAGACUGCGAUGGCAGCUAUUCGAGCUUGGCAUCCAUGUUGCUGCCCAAGGAGACCAGCUACUUCCGCCCCACCUAUAAGGGAGCCUCAGCUGCUUUUUGUAUUCAGCUCUUUUGUAUCGAGGAGAAAUAUGAAGCAAGGUCACUGGACUUUAUGAAUUUUGUCUUCAGUCUUUUUCCUGACAAGAACUUCUGCAUCAUUUCUCUGCCACACCUCACCCCUGAGUUUGCCCUCAUCCAGAACUUCGUGAAGAUUGUGCCCUUCAACAACUGUACUCUGGAGCAGGAUCUCUAUGUCUUCCAUCGGGCUGGAUUGCUCAAGUCUAUUAACAUAAGAUUAGCCACUUUGUUGGAUACUCCUGGUGUUGAAAACCUUGUUAGCACCCUCAUGCUGAAUAAAAGUAUAUUGGCGGAUUUAAAGCAGUACAAUGAGGCUCGCAGAGACCCUGAUGGAACAUCCAUGAAAGCAUUUGUAGCUGAAGUUGCAGAACAAAUAGUCGGCAUUGCAGUGAUCAGAGAUGAAAUGGACAUAGAGUACAUCCGGUCCCAUUACAACAUUGAGGAUUUCAUCUACUUUAGUCACCACCAGCGCGAAGAACAUGGGCACCUGUAUCAUUUUGCUCUGAACCCUAUUUUCCGGCACUACACCAAGUUUUUUCUAAAGGAGAUCCUCCGUUUAGGCUAUAAGUCUUGUCUCUACUACCCUGUUUAUCCGCAGCUCAGGGAAGGCAAGUUCCAGAGCUCCUCUGCCCACUCCCUGACAUCCGCCCUUCAUUACUUGGUUCCCGUGCGGCCUCGACGACAGAUUGUCUAUCCUCUGGAAAAGCUUGGCAUCCACGCUCCAUCAAAGGCGGUCUCCAAGGAUCCGUUAAGUUAUGCCUUGAACCAUACAAACAGAAAACUGACAUUGGAACCUAAAAUAACUGUCAAUGCCAAGAUUGUUGUGGUUGGUGCAUCCAGUGUUGGAAUUUCCUUCCUAGAGACAUUGGUAUUUUGUAUGGGCUGUGAAGCCCCAGCAGUACCCCCAGCACCGAGGAGCUCGCCAACAAUGCAGAACCUCAGGCCCUGCCCCGCACAGUGUCCCAGGCAUUCUUGUAUCUCUGAAGAGGACCCAGUUCAGCUUUACCAGAAACCUUUGCUGGAAAAAAAGACAGCCUUGGUGGGGAACCAUCUUGACAAAUACUUUCUUUUUACUUUGGGACAGAGCCCUCACCUGAAGUUUAGUAAUCUCACCCUGAUUUCAACCCAUGGAUUCCCUGGAAAAAACCUUCUGGGCACAGAACAAAGGAAGUUUUUAGCGAGCGACCACUGUUUUAAUGAUAAAGAUUAUGCCUCGAUGUCACUGUGCUCCUGGGUCAAUGUGGUGGUUGGUAGAAUGACUGCCAUAGACCGAGCAGCCAAGCACGUGGUGGUCUCCAAAGAGGAAAUUGUGCUCUACGAUCACCUCAUCCUCUGCACCGGGCAGCAGUACCAGGUCCCAUGCCCUACAGGGGCUGAUAUUAAUCAACACCCGACAAACAGAGAGAUUCCAAACAGUGGGAAGCAGCGAUACACCGAUAAAGUUCCUCGCAAUCAUUUCACUCUCAAUGAUGAAGAAGAUUGCUGUAAGGCCCUGAGUUGGAUAAGGAGCAACUCCAUCAUCACAGAAGGGAAUAUAAUUGUCUAUGGGAAUACAAUUGACACUUACACCACAGUGGAGACACUCUUAAACGUCGGUGUGAGGGGCUCCUACAUCCACCUGGUACAGCCCCCGCCCACUUCCACCGUCACCUGCAUCAACAACUACUCAGUGGAAAGCGCGGUGGAGGACGCGCUCAGAGCCGUGGGGGUGACCAUCCACCGAGACGCGCUCCUGGCUCAGUGGAACGACGGCAGGUACCCGGACCCCAUUCAGAGCGCUUGCUUCACCACGCCCACCAAGCCUUUCAGACUCACCUGCUGCAUGUUCUUCAGCUUCUGUGAGAAGAAUGUGGAUUAUGAAACAUUUAAAGCACUCAAUGAUGCAUGUCUUGUCUAUGAUAGCCGACUUGUGAUUGAUACCAACUUCCACACCAACGACGUAGCCAUCAGAGCUGCUGGUUCCCUCACCAAAUUCUCCAAUAAAUAUUACUCAAAUGAAUGGACUCAUAGCAGCUUCAGCUCCAAAGAAAUUGGCUUCCAGCUGGCAGCAGCUAUGCUCAGUCUCUUUGAUCCAACCCUUGAGCCUGUGACUGAACCACCAGCUGAUCUUGACCGACUCAUCCCCAUGUACAAGGGAGCCAAGAUCCAAGGAGGCAUUCUUCCUGGUUCUUACCACUAUCUGCAUAUUGCCAAACCUGCCAUUCCAACUCCCUUAGAGGUACAAAUGGCCCAGCCUAGUUUUGGUUCAGAAAUAGUAACAGGGAAUGCAAAAAAUGGGACUUACUUCCGAAUACAUAUUAACAAGUAUAAAAUGGUGGAAACCAUCACGUGCCUUUCUAAAGAGCCUUUCCCUGCCUCCAACUACAUCCGCUUGUUUGGCCAGCACGAGCAACUUCUCAACAACCUAUGUGCUCGGUAUGAGGACAAGCUGAUCCCAGAUCUCUACAGCUACUUCAUGGAGCCAUGGUGCAUGGCCCUCUUUCACGAUCGUUUUAUUGAUCUCAGGAAAGAGUUACGCCAGAUCUUGACCUCCAAGGAGGAGGAAGACUUUCCUUCCAUAGAACAGUUAGCCCGGCAGAUAGAAGAUGAGGAAAUCAGCCUGAAGGAGAAACCCAGGAAAUAUCUCAAAAGAGUCUUCCAGGAAACCAUCUACAAGUCGCUGGUGGAGAAGAGCAUUCUGGACUACCUGCACUAUAAUCACUACCACCUGCCCAUGUACGCGUGGCCAGGCAUCAUCUAGCUGUGGCCCGGGUCUCCCUUUACCGUCUUCACUCCCGGAGCUCCUGGGGGUGAGGAAACCCUUCUGAGGCCCGGCGCCACCCGGGAGCCCCCGCAGGGUUCUGUGGCUGCUUUUCCGCCUGAAGUUUUCUAUCGCUCCAGUAGGCGGCGCACGGCCGUGGGUCUCUAUCCUGGGGCAGGGAGCCGCUUCUGAGCACCAGGCCUAUUACAGGGCAGAAUGAUCCGCAAUAAAGUGGGAUGUACUACGUGAAA